GGCUCGGCUCGGCUCCCGUGCGCGCCGCGGCCAUGCAGCGCCGGGGCGCCCUGUUCGGUAUGCCGGGCGGCAGCGGCGGCAGGAAGAUGGCUGCAGGAGACAUCGGCGAGCUGCUGGUGCCCCACAUGCCCACGAUCCGCGUGCCCAGGUCCGGGGACAGGGUCUACAAGAACGAGUGCGCCUUCUCCUAUGACUCCCCCAAUUCUGAAGGUGGACUCUAUGUAUGCAUGAAUACAUUUUUGGCCUUUGGAAGGGAACAUGUUGAAAGACAUUUUCGAAAAACUGGACAGAGUGUAUACAUGCACCUGAAAAGACAUGUGCGAGAGAAGGUAAGAGGAGCAUCUGGGGGAGCUUUACCAAAAAGGAGGAAUUCCAAGAUGUUUUUAGAUCUAGAUACUGAUGACGAUUUAAAUAGCGACGAUUAUGAAUAUGAAGAUGAAGCCAAACUUGUUAUUUUCCCAGACCACUAUGAAAUAGCACUACCAAAUAUUGAGGAGUUACCAGCCCUGGUAACAAUUGCUUGUGAUGCAGUUCUCAGCUCAAAAUCUCCAUACAGAAAGCAAGACCCAGACACAUGGGAAAAUGAAUUGCCAGUCUCCAAAUAUGCCAAUAACCUCGCCCAGUUGGACAAUGGAGUCAGGAUUCCUCCAAGUGGUUGGAAGUGUGCCAGGUGUGACCUGCGGGAAAACCUCUGGUUGAACCUGACGGAUGGCUCUGUGCUGUGUGGGAAGUGGUUCUUUGACAGCUCUGGGGGCAACGGGCAUGCGCUGGAGCAUUACAGAGAUGUGGGCUACCCUCUAGCUGUGAAGCUGGGGACCAUCACUCCCGACGGGGCAGAUGUUUAUUCUUUUCAAGAAGAGGAACCUGUUUUGGAUCCUCAUUUGGCUAAGCACUUAGCACAUUUUGGAAUUGAUAUGCUUCACAUGCAUGGGACAGAGAACGGGCUCCGGGACAAUGACAUCAAGCCUCGGGUCAGUGAGUGGGAAGUGAUCCAGGAGACGGGGACGAAGCUGAAACCCAUGUAUGGCCCCGGGUACACGGGUCUCCAGAACCUGGGCAACAGCUGCUAUCUCAGUUCUGUCAUGCAGGCCGUCUUCAGCAUCCCCGAAUUCCAGAGAGCGUAUGUAGGAAAUCUUCCAAGAAUAUUUGACUACUCUCCUUUAGAUCCAACACAGGAUUUCAACACACAGAUGACUAAGUUAGGACAUGGCCUUCUCUCAGGCCAAUAUUCAAAACCUCCAGUGAAAUCUGAACUCAUAGAACAGGUGAUGAAGGAGGAACACAAGCCUCAACAGAAUGGGAUCUCUCCACGCAUGUUUAAGGCCUUUGUAAGCAAGAGCCACCCAGAAUUCUCCUCCAAUAGACAGCAGGAUGCCCAGGAAUUUUUCUUGCACCUGGUGAAUCUGGUAGAGAGGAACCGCAUUGGCUCAGAAAACCCAAGUGAUGUUUUUCGGUUUUUGGUGGAAGAACGUAUUCAGUGCUGUCAGACCCGAAAAGUCCGCUACACGGAGAGGGUGGAUUACCUGAUGCAGUUACCUGUGGCCAUGGAGGCAGCAACCAACAAGGAUGAGCUGAUCGCCUAUGAAUUAACAAGAAGGGAAGCAGAAGCAAACAGAAGACCCCUUCCUGAGCUGGUUCGUGCCAAGAUACCAUUUAGUGCCUGCCUUCAGGCCUUUUCUGAACCAGAAAAUGUUGACGAUUUCUGGAGCAGCGCCCUACAGGCAAAGUCUGCGGGUGUGAAAACAUCUCGCUUUGCCUCAUUCCCUGAAUACUUGGUAGUGCAGAUAAAGAAGUUCACUUUUGGUCUUGACUGGGUUCCCAAAAAAUUUGAUGUUUCUAUUGAUAUGCCAGACCUACUUGAUAUCAACCAUCUCCGAGCCAAGGGGUUACAGCCAGGAGAGGAGGAGCUUCCAGACAUCAGCCCCCCCAUAGUCAUUCCUGAUGACUCAAAAGAUCGCCUGAUGAACCAAUUGAUAGACCCAUCAGACAUCGAUGAGUCAUCAGUGAUGCAGCUGGCUGAGAUGGGUUUCCCUCUAGAAGCAUGUCGGAAGGCUGUGUACUUUACUGGAAAUAUGGGAGCCGAGGUGGCCUUCAACUGGAUCAUUGUUCACAUGGAGGAGCCAGAUUUUGCCGAACCACUGACCAUGCCUGGUUAUGGAGGAGCAGCUUCUGCUGUUUUUGGUGCUACUGGAUUGGAUAACCAACCUCCGGAGGAAAUUGUAGCUAUCAUUACCUCCAUGGGAUUCCAUCGAAAUCAGGCUAUUCAGGCACUACGAGCAACAAAUAAUAACCUGGAAAGAGCACUGGAUUGGAUCUUUAGCCACCCUGAGUUUGAGGAAGACAGUGACUUCGUGAUCGAGAUGGAGAAUAACGCCAAUGCAAACAUUAUUUCUGAGGCCAAGCCUGAAGGACCUAGAGUCAAGGAUGGAUCUGGAAUGUAUGAACUAUUUGCAUUCAUCAGUCACAUGGGAACAUCUACAAUGAGUGGCCAUUAUGUUUGCCAUAUCAAAAAGGAAGGAAGAUGGGUGAUCUACAAUGAUCACAAAGUUUGUGCCUCUGAAAGGCCCCCUAAAGACCUGGGCUACAUGUACUUUUAUCGCAGGAUACCAAGCUAAACCUCAGACAGACAAAUUGGCGAGAAGAAGCCAUGCGCCUUUUUAAUUUGCCAAAAAAAAGAAAAAGAAAAAAGUUGGAACAGCCAGACAUGAAGGAAUACAUGGGGUAUUUAUAGUUUAUUUAAAGAACAUCACUUGACAUCUGAAAUAGAACUGGGAAGAAAUUUCUAUUAGUGAUGAUACACUACUGUAGAUAGUUUUUCUUUUUAUAAAUGUUCAAGGAGAGGAUGAUUUUUUAAAAAAAGUAUUCAUAUUGCUGGUGGGGGAUCUGCCACUGGCACAUCAAAAAUGAGAAUGUGCCACCAGCCCUCUAUUUUGCUUUGGGGGUCAGUGGUAGUGGCCUCCAGAGAAACCGAGUAAUGGGGCCAGUCGUGUGGCCUCACCCACAAUAAACGAAAAGCCCACUUUUGUUUCAUAUCGAAAAUCAGUAACUGAGCUGGGCUUUAUUUGUGACAUAAUUUUUUCAUUACACACAAUAAUUUCUGACCUAUCUAUGUAUAGUAGAGUACAGCAUCUGCAAUGAAAGAUAUUUUUAAUUUAAUCAUAUCGAAAUACAUACUACAAUUGUGUGAAUGUGUGUGAGAAUGAGACCAAGAGUGUGAGACCUUUAUAGUCAACUAGAAAAUCUGUGACAGGUUGGUUUUUAAAGGUUAAAACAGUUGAGAUUAAGCAUAGCUAGACAAAGCAAGUAAAUAGUUGAAAGAAACUAUAACUCAGGAACAGUUUAAAAAAUUAGUUCCCCGCUUAGAUUUUCAGGCGUAAAAAGGGCUGAGUUGUCCCUUUAAGUGCUGUCAAGAAUUCAUUUGGGUUUGUGACAUUUGAUGGUGUAAAGCCAGAUGCCCACAGGAGCACAAUACCGUACUUUGCCAAAGGUAGACGAGUUCUGUUUCUCAGCAGCCCUUCCCGCUAAGGUAUAGUGUGUAUUUUUAGUUAAAAUAGCUGAUCUCUUCUUACCGUAACACAUGACAACUCCCUGGAGUCGUGUUAAGUGCCCCAAAUUUGUCUGUAAUUUUCUCGUCUCUAAGCUCUUUGCCUGCCUCCAUGUCUACGUUUUUUGGGGCCAGAGUCCCAACUCUGCCCUUUCUUGGCUAAUCACCUCCUGACUUGCCUUCACUGCUUAUCUGCUGCAACCACAGCAUGAUCUUGGGUACUUGAAGGGUUUCAGAUGCAAAGAAACUUUAUAUGACAUUAUGAAAGACCAUCAUUUACAUUUCAGUAUUUCAGUAUUUUCGUUGUAACCUGAGGUUAGAUCAGAGUUUCAAAUGUGAGGAAAAAAUGGAAUGAUAAUGCUAUAUAAUUUUCCUACUGCCCUGUGCCAAAUUCCAGGGUCUCUGGAAUUUCUAUUUCAGAUUAUUCAGUCAAAUGAAAAAUUUAUUGCUAUCUGCUAAAUGUGCAUUUGAUUGGUAGAAAGGCUCUCUCUAGAAAUUGUAGGAAAAUAAAGUAGAACCAGUUGGGUGAAAUACAGCGCAGAUGGUGGAUAAUGACAUGGUGAGUUUUAAACAAUCAGGAUUCUGGUUAUAAUGGGGUCGUCUCACAGGAGAUCAUUUACACCAUGUCAGUGAUCGACACGGAGCCCGAGGCCUGUGGCCUGGACACCAGGGUGCUGCCCCUAGCUGAGCAAGUCCCUCAUCCUCCUUGUGCCUCACUUUUCUCAUCUGCACAAUGGUGUGAUGACGCUUGCCCUCUCUUUCCAACUGUGCUUUGAGGAUCUGGGGAGAUUUGAUAGGAUGAACCUUGAAGAGUAGCAGGUGGUGUGCCAUGUGGGUCUUAGUAGAGUACGCUCCCUCCCUUCUCUCAUCUGAUGUUUUCUUCAAGUUGGGAACAAAUGAGAUUGGCAGAAGGAGGGAGCUCAUGGUGCAGUAAUUCUCUACUAAACUAUGCCUGCUUAUGUCACCUUUUAACAUUGACUCCAUAGCCUAAAGCAGCCCCACUCUGUUACAUGAGUCCCUGACUCCUGUCGCAGUCCCCACGCUGAGCAGCCUUACAAAAUCCAAUCUCUUUAGGGCUUAGUACCAUAGAAUAAUGACUCCAAACACACAUCAAAAAUGACUUCUUUUCAAUGCUAUUAUAAAGCGAAGGCCUUUUUGGGGGUGGGAGGGUGACUGGGGAAUUGGAUUGAAAUGUGGACAGUGAUAGCAUGUGUAUUUUGAACAAAAAAAUUUUAUGAUAAACUUUGCAAAAUGAAUGGUGUAAAAUCAGUAUAUAAGAUUAUAGGCUAUAUAUUAUUUGAUUUCAUUAAGUAGAAAAAGAAAUUUAGCCCUUUUGAUGCCUAAUCAUAUUGUAAGAAAGUAUAAUAUGGCUGCCCUUUUUUUUUCUGCCUCACAAAACGAAGGGCUAUUUCUACAAGGCAAAGUUUUGUAUAUGUGCUUAUUCUUUAUUUCAGAUUAAGAAUUGGGAAAAACUGGAGCAAAUAAUGGAUUUCUUUCUUGCUUAAAAAUGUAUUUAUGUGUAUACCUUAAUAUAUACAAGGCAGGUUUCCCUGGAAUUAAAAGUCUGGAACAUACUGCUUAAUUUUACACCUGUGUGUAGAUGAGAUUAUUUGUUACGGAAAACUGGAAUAAUGUGUGGAUUUUGUCAACUGAUUAUCAGCCUGUUAGGAGUCCUCUGUGUGAGGCGUGGUGGUAUAAUUGUGAAAUUCUCACUGUGUGUGGAUGUACGUGUGAAAGAGAGCACUUUUUUCCUGUAAAUAUCUUUUGAUAUCCAUUUGUGUAAAAUCCCAAUGAAUGUGUCUUUGAAAAAUGUAACGUAUCAAAGUUUUUAUUUUGUCAUUUGGCCUAAAUGCCCAUGUAACUAAUCAGAACUCCAGUUUGGUUCAGAUCGGGAAUCUUUUUUUAAAGGGGAGGAAAAGUAUGCACACAGGAUGAUUGGAAGAAUCCUGUUUUCAUGCGAUUUUGCAUCAACAUUGCUUCAAUAUUUGGAAUUGACUUGGUUGUUUUCUCCCACCUACAAGAGAAUGUGCCUGCCAUUCCCCCGAGCUCACUUUGAGAUUCAAGAAGUCUGGUGCGAGUAGCACGAGCCUGUGACUCCCACCAUCAUUUAUUUCCUCGAACUGGAUGGACCCCUACCUGCAAUUCAUAGUGAGAGCACCUGGGUUUGUAGCCCGACUCCACCUCUGCGUGUGAUGGGCCGAUUCACUUUACCACUCUGGGUGUUUUUCGUUAAAAUGAGUGUGUUAGACCUGAUAAGCUCAGAAGUCCUUUCCUGCCCUAACAUACAAUUCUAUUUUUAUUUUCCUAUGGUUACUGCUGGGGUCAGACAUGGAGAUGUGAGGGAUUGCAUAGAGAUUAGAUGUUAUAUUUUUGGUUUGUUAUGGUUCACACACCCCAGUUUAGAACCUGCCUCGUUUUUAGUGUCCCCACCCUGGCUUCUAUUGCUACUUUCUUUGAUAAUUAUCCCAUUCUUUUCCCCACUUUUGAAACUCUCCACUUCCCGGUCCAUGCAGUACUUUGUUACCAUCCCCCUCAAAAAUGACAUCCAUUUUAAACACUUUCUGAAAAACCUCAAAACUACCUUCAGCUAAAUCUGUAACAUUUAUAGAAUAUUGUCUUAUUCUAAUUCAGUCAUAGCUAUGAUCCCCAAAUAAGUCUUGAGAAAGUUGUCUAUCCCAGAAAGGAUGUCUUUUCAUCUUGUAGGCAUCGCUCUUGCUAAGUCACAUCCAUCUGUACUGGCCAUCCCUGGGGAGCUGGCAGGUGACACGGGCAGGACCAAGGGAUAGGAGUAUGUAAUAUGUGAUUCUAUCCUUCACCUUAGUUCAAAAUUCCUAGGUUACAGAACAAGGUUCUACACUCUUAAGCUGGUGUAUAAGAUCAACUGCACAGUGCAACAGAGAUUCCCUACCCAGUAAAUCAUCCUGAAAGAGCUUGCAUUAAGAUUCUCUAGACUUGCGCUAUUCAAUACAUGUGGCUAAUGACCUCUUGAAAUUUGGCUUGUCCAAACUGAGAUUGUGUGUAUAUAUAAAAUAGCAGAUUUUGAAGGCUUGGUACCAAAAAAAAAGGAAUGUAAAAUAUUUCAUCAAUAUUUGAUAUUGAUUACAUGCCAAAAUGACCAUAUUUUAAAUAUAUUAAGAUAUUAUUAAAAUUUCACCUGUUCCUUUUUAUCUUUUUUUAAUGUUGCUACCAAAAAAUUUAAAAUCAGACAUGUGGCUUGCAUUGUACUUCUGUUGGACGGUGCUGCUCCAGACUAGACUAGACGGCAUGGAGUAGGCAGUGAAAUACUGUACAUGUGGGAGAUAAUUCUCGUGACGCAUCCAGAUAGAAGCAACACAAAUAUUUCAUUGGAGUUGGAAGCCCUGUGAGGCACUGCAUGCCUUCCAGAAAGCACCAGAUUCUUCUAUAUAAAAACCAAUAUGUAUCAGACCCCAAUUGAAAAACAAAAGCAAAUGAGCCCCAAGCCCCAUUCCUUCAGCUUUGCCUAAAAGUUGCUAAGGUUACAAUGAUUUUUCAAGCAUCUUCCAGGUGUCAAGGGUGUUAGCCACAUGAGGGUGUUGGGCAUAUUCGUUUCACUCUAGGCAACAUUCUCUUGUGGGUUCCCCUCCCCAGGCAUUGUUUAGUCUGAUCAGAGCUGGGUGUGUUGAAACACUGUGCGAAUCCUGCCGCUGUCAACGCAUCACUGCUCCUCCCCGCGCCCACCUGCCCGGCCGGUGGUGAUGCUGGCUCCUGAAAGAGUUUGUAUUUAUUUUGUUUUGCACUAGUCAGUUGUUGUUUAAAAUAUCUCAAAUGUUUUGGGAGAAUAUUUGCCUGUGAUGAGAAGAGAGAUGGAUGAUUUAUUGCUUCAAUUGUUUUAAAAUUAAAAGCUAUUCUCACAAUCUGA